UUGCGAAUGGUGACCAGAGGCCCCAUGGUUUGGCAGUCAGUCAUAUAUUUGAGGUGUGUCAAAGAGCUCCAUAACAGUGAAUAACUACCCAUUCAUCAAUGACUCUUCUAUAUUCCACCCUGAUGGAAGCCUUUUACAACUUCAUAACCAUAACAUGCAUUUUACAACGUCUUUGAUGCUUUAUAAAAGCUCAUCCUCCAGAAAAGAUCAAUAGGAGUUUUCUUAGGCUGUUGUAUUCCUUGCGGCUUCAUCAAGAGAAUAUUUCAUUCUACCUCUACCAUGGCCCAAAGCACCAAGCAGAUUAAAACUGGAUCCAUCCAAGGAAGUUGCCAAACUCAAAGUCCAGCAACCAAUAGCUCCCACCAUGGAACAAGCCAUCAGGUCCGCCGCGGAGGUCAUGUUAGAACUCCCAGUGUCCAUGGAGGUUCAGGUGGAAAAGGCAUUAGCAUCUCCAGAUAUUUCACUUAUGGCUGCAACUCUGGAAUAGCACAUCCCUUUACCUACGGAAACCACUUAGUCAACCAUGAGGCUCACAACAUAUUAAGGUAUGAUGGUCUUUUUUGCUUCAGUGAGAAGGAAACCAUGCAGCUACUGAACAACCGGUUGGCUUCAUAUAUGGAAAAAGUAUGUUCCUUGGAACAAAAUAAUAGUCAACUGGAGAAGAACAUUCGACAAUGGUAUGAAAAUAACCAGCCCAAUGGUCUGCCAGACUGCAGCAAUUACUUCAGGAAGAUUGAAGAGCUUCAGAAACAGAUCCCUAUAUACUAUGUGGAAAAUGCCAGAGCGUUCUUGGAUAUGGACAAUGCCAAACUGGCUGCCGAUGACUUUAAGAACAAACUUGAGCUGGAAGUGAAUCUGAGAAAAAGCACCGAGUCCGACAUCUUUGGUUUACAUAGAGUUUUAGAAAGACUUAACAUGGAGAUACGUGACCUACAGUUCACUGUACAAAACCUACAGGAUGAGCUUCAAGAACUGAAGAAGAACCACGAAGAGGAAGUGAACUGUCUACGUGCACAGCUCGGCGCCCGGGUCAGCGUUGAAGUAAAUGCUGCUCCAUGUGUGGAUCUGAACAGUGUGUUAUCAGAAAUUCGACAAGAGUAUGAAAAUCUCAUGGAAAGAAAUCUGCGGGAGGUUGAGGAAAUCUUCCUUGCCAGGAGUGAAGAAUUAAAUCGAGAGAUGAUUUCUGGGGCCGAACAGCUGCAGUCAUUUGCCGGUGACCUCAAUGAGUUAAAGCGUAAUGUGCAGACUUUAGAAAUUGAACUUCAAAGCCAACUAAGCAUGAAAUUUGCUCUUGAGGAAUCCCUGGUAGAGACAGAAUCCAGUUAUGGUUCCCAACUAUCCCAGUUACAGUUCCUAAUCGACAGCGUGGAGUCUGAAUUGGUAGAGAUGCGCUUUAACCUGGAGCUGCAAAAUGUUGCAUACAAACAGCUCAUGGACCAGAAAAACCAUCUAGAAAUGGAGAUUGCCACAUACAAGCAUCUUCUAGAGGGGAAUGACAUUCAGCAUGUGAAAAGCGCUCCUAUUCACCAAUCUGAUAAUGAACAACACCACCAUUUCAAAGUCCAUCAGUCAAUAAAACAAGUUCACCAGACCAAGUGUUAAAUCGGACCAGUGAUGCCUCCACCGCAACCUCCAAGUUUCUCUGCUUCCUCACAUAUUGAAGACCAUGUUUGUGCACCUAAGAACAAUACUGCUGGCCAUGGCCAUUAGUCAGAUUAUACUUAAACGGUUACUCCGGUGGGGAUAAAAAAAAUUAAAUCAAGUGGUACCAGAAAGUUAAACAGAUUUGUAAAUUACUUCUAUUAAAAAAAA